GCGCGCGCCGCCCCCCCCGUCGCCUUUGCCCAGCCCUGCGCGCCAGGCCUGCCUUAUUCUUUGAGGGAAGCUGGCUUUCCCUUAGGAAUACUGCUGCUGCUGGGUGUGGCCUACAUCACAGACUAUUCUAUUAUCUUGCUGAUUAAAGGAGGGAACCUAUCUGGUGCAAACAGCUAUCAGUCGCUGGUCAAUAAAACAUAUGGCUUUAUAGGAUACCUGCUUCUUUCAGCUCUCCAGUUUUUAUACCCUUUUAUUGCAAUGAUUAGCUACAACAUUAUAACAGGAGAUACGCUGACAAAAGUUUUUCAGAGAAUUCCUGGUGUUGAUCAAGAGAGUUUACUUAUUAGUCGCCAUGUCAUCAUUGUGUUUGUCACCAUUGUCUUCACUCUUCCUCUUUCUCUUUAUCGGAAUAUAUCAAAACUGGGGAAGGUUUCUUUUCUCUCUUUGGUUUUAACAGUCGUCAUCCUGGUUGUCGGAAUUAUAAGAACAAUUACGUUUAGUUCUCAGAUACCCGAAACAGAAAACGACUGGGUGUUUGCAAAGCCAAAUGCGAUCCAAGCUGUCGGGGUGAUGUCAUUUGCAUUCAUUUGCCACCACAACAGCUUUUUAAUUUACGGCUCUCUGAAAGAACCCACGUUAAGCAACUGGGCUCACGUCACACACGUAUCUGUUUCCUUUGCUGUGUUUGUCAGCCUGGUGUUUGCUAUUUGUGGCUAUGUGACAUUCAGAGGAUAUACUGAAGGAGACAUAUUUGAAAAUUAUUGCAGUGACGAUGACCUUGCUACCUUCGGAAGGUUUUGUUAUGGCAUCACAGUCAUCCUGACUUUCCCGCUAGAAUGUUUUGUUACCAGAGAGGUCAUCUCCAACGUGUUUUUUAAUGGUAAACUCACGACUCUUUGGCAUGCCACCUUGACAAUCGUGGUGGUGGUUGUAGCUACAAGCAUCUCUUUAGCGUAUGACUGCCUGGGAAUUGUUUUGGAGCUGAACGGAGUCCUCAGUGCUACUCCUCUGGUCUUCAUCCUGCCGGCAGCCUGUUACCUGAAGCUGUCUGAGGAGCGAUGGACCCAUCCUGAUAACCUUCUGUCUGGACUGAUCCUUGCUGUGGGCGUGCUGGUGAUGAUCGUUGGCUUUGUGAUGACUGUCCUGUAUCCCCAGGAGUGUGGCCACGGAAAAGAAAUGCCAUACUGCUUACCUGGAAACUAUUCCCUCUACAAUAACACACCUCCAUCUUCUCAGCCAGCUCAUCAACCCUGAAUUUAAACAAAGCCUUCUUAGCAGGG